AGGAGGUGAAACGUACGGUUGUAAUAUGGCUGCGCCCAUGAACAGCAAGACUUUAGUGUCUUUACGGUUCCGUGUGAAAGCCUCGUGUGCACAUGGAUCGGAGGGAUUUUUUAGCCUCCCUGACGGCUGGAGGACUAGCUGGAAUGUGUGUUGACCUGGUAUUGUUCCCUUUGGAUACAGUCAAAACUAGAUUACAAAGUCCCCAGGGAUUUAAGAAGGCUGGUGGCUUCCAUGGCAUUUAUGCUGGUGUUCCUUCAACAGCUGUAGGAUCUUUUCCAAAUGCUGCUGCCUUUUUUGUUACGUAUGAGUGUAUGAAAGCCGUGCUCCACACAGAUGCAUCCCCGUAUUUAGCUUCGGCAACACACAUGCUGGCUGCCUCAUUUGGAGAAGUAGUUGCGUGUUUAAUACGGGUUCCAUCUGAAGUUGUGAAACAAAGAGCACAAGUUUCUCCCACUUCUAGUACCUUACGGAUCCUUUCCAACACUGUGUGUGAAGAGGGUGUUCUUGGACUUUAUCGAGGUUAUAAAAGUACCGUUUUAAGAGAGAUUCCUUUCUCUGUAGUUCAGUUUCCUCUUUGGGAGUCCUUAAAGGAUCUCUGGUCAUGGAAGCAAGGACACGUGGUCGAUUCUUGGCAGUCAGCAGUCUGUGGAGCUUUUGCAGGUGGAUUUGCAGCUGCAGUCACCACCCCUCUGGAUGUAGCCAAGACGAGAAUUAUGCUGGCAAAGGCUGGCUCUAGAAAUGCAACUGGGAACGUACUGCCAGCUCUGUAUGGAGUGUGGAAAACCCAAGGGAUACCUGGGCUGUUUGCAGGCGUGGUCCCUCGGAUGUCGGCCAUCAGUCUUGGAGGCUUCAUUUUCCUUGGGACGUAUGACAAGAUACGCUGUUUGCUCUUGUGAGCUGGCCCUGGGGCUCAGCAUGAACUGCUGAGGAGCUGCAUAUUUUUUUCCCCUCCUCCCCAAGAAAACACACAUUCAUGAAGCUCCUCUCUUGCUUUCCCUCAAUUCCUCCCCCACCCCACCCCACCCCAGCCUCCUGUGGCUCAGCAGCUGUUCAACGGCCUGGACUGUAUUCGCACUGUUCACAAAAAGAAAGAAAGAAAAAGGAAACCCAUAAUUCUGUUUCCCCUAAUAUAAAAUGUCUCUGUAUGGAAACCCCUGUGCUAGCAGUGAGCUCAUUGGAAGGCGCGUGCCAAGAAAGGCAAUAUUUGGGGGGCAAACAGCCCAUUUUAUGGAAUCCAGCCUUGUGCCUGAAAGGCAUUAUUAUUAUUAGAACUCAUUUAGGGGGGAAAGAUGUGCAAGCAAAAGGGACGCAGCAGGCAGGACGUGGCUGUACCAAAAAGAAGCUCCCUUUUAUUUUGUGACAGCUCAGUGUUGGCGCUCAGGAAGACUGGACACAACUGCAGGCCUGCUGCGCUCUAAAAAAAGCCAGACAGAAGAGACGGUGGGUCUUCUUCUCUCUUGAUAUAUGAAAAAGGAGGGGGGGGGGGUUUGAGCUAUUUGUUUCUUGUCUGAACCCCGUUUGGAAAGUUUAGACCACUGUUCAUACCUGCAGGUGCAUAGCAAGCAUUCUUGCUUGGAUAAGCAAGGCUGCCUUUUUUAAUUAGACUCAGAUUUCUCCAGUAAAAGUACAAUGUUGCAUUAUUUUACUGUCUAACAAAGUUGCCUAUGAAAAAGAAACAAA